AUGCCCAAGUCCAAGCGCGCGAAGGUCGUCCACCUCACCCAGGUCGCCAAAAAGACCCGUGAGCAAAAGGACCAGCUGUUCCAAAACAUUCGAGAGCAGGUUCCCGAGUACCAGCACUGCAUUGUCUUCAACGUGGAUAACAUGCGCAACAACUACCUCAAGGAUGUCCGCCGCGAGCUCUCCGACAGCCGACUCUUCUUCGGCAAGACAAAACUUAUGGCCAAGGCCCUCGGCCAAACCGCCGAGGAAGCCAUCGUCCCCGGCAUCGAGGGCCUCGCACCGCACAUCACUGGCACCGUCGGCCUCCUCCUGACCAAUCGCCCCGUGGACACCGUCCUCGACUACCUCAACAGCAUCUCCCCCGUGGACUUUGCCCGCGCCGGCGUCACCGCCUCCCGCACCUUCACCAUCCCUCCCGGCGUCGUGUACGCCACGGCCGGCGAGGUCCCCAAGGAGAACGACAUCCCGCUGCAGCACACCAUUGAGCCCGAGCUGCGGAGGCUGGGCGUCCCUACGAGAAUGGUCAAGGGCAAGGUCGUUCUGGGCGACGAGAAUGGUGAGGGUGAGGGUUAUACGAUCUGCAAGGAGGGCGAGGUGCUCGAUUCACGGCAGACUAGGCUGUUGAAGCUCUUUGAUGUCUGUCUGAGCGAGUUCAGAGUCAAGGUUCUGGCAUACUGGAGCGCUGCGACCAACGAGGUAACAGAGAUUGACCAGGCCGCCAUGGAUGGCGUCGAGGAGGAGGAGUAA